GCUACAUCCCCGGGACUCCAGACUACAAGGAAAAGGAGGAUAUGUACGACGAGAUAAUCGAGCUCAAGAAGACCAUCCAAGCUCAGAAGUGCGAAGCGGAUCGGAUGAAGACCAAACUUCGGCGGGUGGAAGAAGACAACACCCGGAAGGACAGACAAAUGGAGCAGCUUUUGGAGCCUUUCAAGUAUUCUGAAUUUAGCUGGGUACGGACAGAACAGAAGAACGACAGCAGCUUGAUGAUAAAUGGUUUGAAGCAGAAGAUUCUCAGGCUAGAACAGCAGUGCAAGGAGAAAGACAACACCAUUAAUCAACUCCAGGCAGACAUGAAGAAUACCAACAUGGAAGAAAUGACUGUUGCUCUGCAUACUUCCUACCAAGAGAUCCGGCGCCUCCAGAACCUGCUGACACGCUCAAAAGUUGUGCAACGGAA